AUGUGUCGUCUCCAUGACAAUAUGAUCAUCACUAAAUACUCGAACAAGUUAUUGAUGACAUUUCAGCCAACAGAAAGUACACAUUAUCUCCCUGUCCUAGAUUCACUUAGAUUUAAACAGCGCCUAAAAGAAUAUCUAAAAGACAAGAAAAACAUUGUACAACCUAUAGAAGAGAAGGAUUUGAUCAUGGAUUUGUUUGAAGAAAUUGAAAUAUCUGUCCUAUGCGAUAUCUUUUCUAAUAAAAUUGAUGCCAAGAAUGUGUAUCCAAUGAAUAUCACUGUAUCCGAAAGAACAUUGUAUGUACGCAUUAGGUUACGCAUAGAACAAGGUGAUUGUACAGAUCAAACUGUUUUUACAAAAUGGGUUAACUAUAGUGUUGGACUUGGCGUGAAUAAAAUUCGCUACACAAUUGAUCCCAGGAAGUAUAAACAUCUAAAAUUACCAGUGGUAUACAUCAAAACAGAUCAGUUAAACAGCACUUCCGCUGAUCACGCAAGUUCUGUCCGACUUAACGUUAUGCGAUCACUAUCAAAAGCAGAAGUCAACAAACAGUUGUUGAAAGUUUGUAUCCUAGAACAGAACUGUCUUCAUUGGAUGGAUCGGUCAAGACUGUGUGGGCUGCAGGAUGUCGGACAAAUAUUUAAACCAGAAUAUAUCUCACUUAUUCAAAAGUGGAAUCAAUCUGGAGGUUGGAUGGUGUUCUCUGACCAUGUACAGAAACUUUGUAAUGAAACCUGUUCAGUUUAUGGGCAUUCAAAUAAUAAAGGACUUCCAGUUACAAAUUCAGCUUGGUUUAUUCCCUGUAUUAGAUGUAAUAAUGAUAAUGAUGAAGUGAAUUGUGAUUGGUCGAGUGCCUUAUGGUUUGAAGUAAACAAUCCAUUCUACACUUGUAUAUACAAUAAAAGAAAGAUACAAAAUGAUCAGAGGUUGCUUUCACUUUAUCUGAAAAAUCGUGUACUUCUUUUCUUAGGUGAUUCAACUUUACGCGGUUUAAUGUAUUCCUUGUUGCAUCGUUUAAACAAAACACUGUUCAAUGUUCAAGAGACACACGGUGAAAUAACACUGGUUAACAGUGGAGCUAAAAUCACUAGAUUUAUUUAUUAUCCAGAUUAUUCAAUGAAACUACAAUAUAAUAAAUCAUUCACUGAUUUACUAAAUUCACUUUUUAUGUGA